AUGGACCCUGCCUGCUCCCCCGUGCCCCUUGUGGGCAAGCAAUGGAGAAUCGGCGAUCUCAUCAAACUUGCGUGGUUUGCGUGUUCCUGUUUGUCCUCUAAGCGGCAGGACAUCGCCAUUCGCCAGCGCCAUGCACAAUUUUGUGUUCAGGCGCUUUGUGGCUUCGAUGGAUCUAGCUGUGGAGUUAAGUAUGCGUCCUUCGCAGCCUUCGCACCGGCAGUAUUGGAUACGGAUGCCGGUAUGCCAUGUUUUCAGACCUGUUGUCGCAGCGCGGGCUUCGAAGCACGGCGCCGUUGCCCGGCGGGUGUGUUGGGGCCGCGGGACAUUGAGGCCGCCAUCAUGGACACGGGCGGCGAUGCAGGGCGCGCGCUAGCCUGGUACCCCGGGUUGUUGAUGGCAUGGCGGUUUGAUAAGGCGGAUACAUUCUUCCGGGAGAAUCAGCUUCCAGCAUACUACGGCGAAAUCGACUCCAUCCGAAAUCACCAAUUGAAGCGUUCAGCCGAUGCUGCUUCACUGCGAGUCGCUGCGACACAGCGAGUCGCGACAGACCCAAGUGUCAUUGUCCCCUUCCGUUCUGCCGAGGGACUUGAGCGUGCGGGACACGUUGAGCUCUUUGAGCGGCUCAAGGUGGUCACAUCCGCAUUGAUCGCCGAGCGGGCAGAUCGAAUAGCGCUGGACAGGGAGAUUAAGCGGCGGACAUCCCUUUUCCAGGCUGAUAGAGUGAGGCUACAGGCAUACGCUCGGGCAGAUGCAUCACGCAGUGAACCCGUCCGACUGCUCGAAACAUCACAACAACGAGGUAUGAUGCAGUGUCGGCAUGCGCGCCAGCUCAUCAACCCCCGGAAGAUGAUGAUGAUCGGGCCAUACCUCAUCAGCUUUCCUGCACUGCGCGCGCUGAGCAAGCGCAUGCCCCAUGUCAACAUCUCGUCCCAGGAUCUCAACUACAAGGACAAACAGAACCAGCGCGCCACUCUCAAGUCUGAAAACAUGGCAUACCGGCAUCCGUAUCCAACACUGCCGUCUGAUGUCGCGGCUCUCGCGACGUGUCUCCACGAUGUGCUGGACGGGGACGAUGAGCGGGUGGAUGAUGUGCGUCGUCAAUUCGAAGAAGAUCUCGGCGUCUACUCCGUUGGUGAAGCAUGGGAACUGUUCCGAGAGGAUUUCCAGCUCUCCCCGCUUCGCGCCGCCAUGGCACUGAGAGGGAAUGUACCGGGCCUUACCGUCUCGGACGCGAAAUCCCUCUUGUUCAAGAUCAAAACGGCAUCGGAGGGGGCCGUGGAGGAUCAGGGACACAGGGACGCGGAGACUGGCACCGUCGAGGACGCGGCGGAACUGUGGUCCCGAUGAGUGCACCAGCCGCCAUCACCGAAGCAGAGGAUGUGCCACCCCGCGUCAAGUCGCGUGGUGCUACUGGCGAGUUCAAAACAAACUGGUCAGAGCUCGGUGGUGUAGACCCAUAUGCCUGCUGCAUCAGCGGCGGCAUCAGGGGGUGGUUCAUCGGUGCUAAGACUGGCAGUACACGGCCGGUCGCAUUCACCAAGCAGUACUGCUGCUGAAAGCCGCUGUGGGUUAUGCGUGGUUUGAUGCCAUACUACAAUGGCCUGUCUGUUUUCUGCGCCAACGUUUGGCGGGUAGCCAAUCCACACGGAAGUGUCGUGGUUUACAUGGGCCCAGGCGUGCAACGUUUUGUGUCAGUGUUUGGUUGCAUGGGCGGAAUACCGGGGGCGACUUCAUGGGCCAUGCCCCACCCAACGGAGAGCUCGAUGGAUUAAGGCAUAGAUUGCAUAUGGUGAACACAUUCUUCUCGGCAGACAUCUGCAUUUUCAUUUGUUUUUAAUGUAGCUCGUGGUACUGAGUUUAGCGGUGUAUCAGAGAUUUGUCAUUGUUUCCACCCGAACCUAUUCAUGCAUACGAGUGUUGUGGGAUAAACUGGACGAACUGCCGAUGAAGUGUGGUGGGAAAACAGUGGGACCUCGGCGGCUGACUUGACUGGGUAAUGCAGUCGUGGCCCUGAGUGCUUGCCUCCCGUAGUAGUAGUAGUGCCAGAGUACGGUAACCAGGUGUGCAAGUUUUCCCACUCCAUGUCGUGGGAUCGAAACUAAUACGCACAUGAGGCACUUGUAAGCGGUCCUCUUGC